UUUUUUUCUAGUGAAUAAUUCUGAAACAAACGAAAAUGUCAAAGUUUGUACAUACCAACGAGAUAGACCAAUGAAUACAUCGCAUAAUUAUGGUCAGUUAGACUUUUCAUUUGGACUAAAUGUAUUCUUCAUUUUAUUGUUAUUUAGGCGGUUAUCAAAAAGGAUUAUCGUAAAGAGUUUCAUGGUCCCGAGAUAACAUCACGUCAAGCACAUAUUGAACAUGCAACGUAUAAAGCUGGUCUCGUUGACCGUAGUAAGAAUCUCAUCGAUAAUAUGGUUGAGCAUUUGGAACAAUGUACGGAUAAAGAUGUUGUUAAACGUGCCGUGGCUGUUUUAGCCAAUGUUGAUGAUGAUUUUGGAAAAACAUUGGCACAAAAAUUAAGAAUUGAUUCACCAAAAAGAGUACGUGUUGAUCUAUCGACUUAA